UUAUUCCACACAUAUAGGAACUCAUUGAGGUUUUCAGUUAAUGGCGCCCACGCGUGCGUAGCUCCGCCCACCGCCCGCCCGCCCGACUAUAAAUGCGAUGGUCACGGCAGCGCCAGAACUUGUUGCACAUCGCGCUCCUAACUUUCCAAUUCAGUUCCUGAACGCACCACGAAGGUUUCAACUUCAGGCACAAUGUUCAGCAAGAGGAUCACCGUCGCUAUCGCUGUAGUGGUCAUCGCCAUGACCAUGACCAUGACCAUGGCUGAGGCUCGCGAGGAGGGUCCGCACGACAUGGCCGACGCACUGCGCAUGCUGCAAGAGCUGGACCGGCUCUACACUCAAGCUGCUAGACCGAGGAUUGACCGCCGCGACGUAUCGGACGGGGACCAACUCAGCCCAGGCUCGUUAGAUCGCGCGGUGCGGCUCAUCCAGCUGCAGAAUCUAGACCGCUUUUACUCCUACCACAGUCGACCAAGGUUCGGCAAACGCUCCGAAGCUUUCCCGAACUGGGCCAAGGAUCUUGAAAAGCCGGAUAUACCAGCCUGGUUGGCUUACGCCAGGAGAUGAGGGGCGCAAAGUCUUCGAUUCAACACUAACUUAAACAAUCAUACUUUAUGUCGCACAUAUUUCUUAAGCAGUAAAUAAUGUUUUAUUUCCAACCUUAUCAUACUAAUUAUAAAUUACUAGUCAUUAAGUAUUAACUCAAUUAAGCCUCGUUUACAUAAGGAAAGUUCCUCGACUCGGUUAUAAUGUAACAAGUAACCUGAAUAGUGAAUAUGUCAAUACAAACAAAUUCCUUAAAAGCCCGCUUAAGCUUAUGGAAGUUCCUUAUGUGCUACGAUUAGUUUUCGUAGGGUGUAAUACGCGUAUGUAUUGGGUAUGUAUUCUAUUAUCUUGAAAAGAAUCACAAUAUAUUGAAAUCAGGAUCAAAAUCAGCUUUUAUCCCUAAAGAACAUAAUAUUAACAAAAUGUAUAACUAUAUAUGUAAUCGUGUAAGUACCGUACCAGUAAAGUUAUAUGAUUUCAUUGUGAUAAAAAUAUGGUUAUAAGUAUUAUACUUACUUAUUUUAGUGUAGGUACUUUCACUUUCCCCUUUGUACUCGUACUUAAACCCAAAAGUCUUGACAAUUAAGUAUAAAAUUUGAAUAUAAAUUCAUUAGUUUAAAAUACUAUAAUCUAACUAUUACGAAAUCGUAUAGUAAAAGUCAUAUAUGCUUUAUGUAGCUACUUUCUUUAUGUAAAUGAGGCUUAUCUAUAUUUUUUUGAUAUUUAUUUUUAUCGUAUUGAAUGUGCCAAGUCUAGCAGCGAUGUUAAAUUUUAUAUUAUGUACUUAGUAAAUUGUAUUAUUCAAGUCUAUUAUUCCUAGUCAAUUCUUUAGAUAUAUAUUUCAUAGACUAUUUAUAUUUAAUAUCUAUUUAUAAUACCAUCGUUAGAAUUUAGUUUGAUACACCUUCAGUAAUAAAUGAUUAAUCAUUAAAAUGUUAUAAAUACAGGCAAUUGAU